AUGAUCUUUAAAUUCAUCAAUGUAAUCAUUGGUACUCUUGCAUUAUAUGCAUCUGUAUCAGAAUUGAAGGAUUCUAAGAACUAUGUUAUAUCAAUCUAUUCCAUUCUAUUAUCAAUUCCAAUUAUUCUAUUAGAAUUUAAAAAGGUCGACUGGCUAUUCAAAUAUGCCUCUUUUUAUUACAGUUUGUUAUCAAGAGGUGUGCUCUACGUUUUUUUGAGUUUCUCGAUAUCAAUGAAUUAUUCAAUUCUAAACUAUUCAAUAGCUUUAACAAUCUUUUUAACUGGUAUGAUUUAUAUAAUCUUACAUAUAACCCCACUAGCUGAUGAAUAUAAAUUUGACACCUAUCAGCAACAAUCAUAUGCCAUGCAAGAUGACUUGGGUUUGCCAACCACCAUGUCUGAUAUAACUGAUCCUUUCGAGUGA